UUCAUCAGGACAGUCAUUGUUACUUAUAAAAAUAUGCUCUUACUUUUUUGCUUGGACAGACAAGAGAUUGCUAAUUGAAGAUGAAGUGGACAUUAAUCUUUAUCUUUGGUAGUUCCUUGGCUGAGACUAUUCUAUGCUGGACGUAUCACUACGACAAUAAAACAAUGAACUGGACCCAGGCCAGACAGUGGUGCCAGAGUCAUUACACAGACAUGGUGGUGAUCCAGAACCAAACAGAGAAUGACUAUCUGGUCUCCAUCCUGCCCCGGAGAGAAGGUUUCCCGUAUUUCUGGAUUGGAAUCACUAGAAACCACAAGAAUGAAACUUGGACUUGGAUUGGGAACAACAGCACAUGGAUUGGUAACAAUUCAUGGGCAGAAAAUGAGCCAAAUAAUAACUACAGUACAGAGUUCUGUGUAGAGAUCUACACUAACUCAGGAACAAACCGCGGGAAGUGGAAUGAUGAGAAAUGUAACUCUUUGAAAUCACCAGCUUGUUAUAAAACCCAGUGUAAUGCAACAUCGUGUGAAAGAGGGAGAUGCCAGGAGACCAUCAACAGUACAAGAUGCCUCUGUGAACGUGGUUUUGAGGGAGACAGGUGCCAAACAGCUGUGGAAUGCGCCCUUCUGGACCAGCCUGAUAACGGAUACUAUAUCUGCUCAGGAGGAAAUCAGACAUUCAACACAACCUGUCAAUUUAAAUGUAACCCUGGCUUCCUCAUGAUUGGAUCACCAGCUGUCACCUGUGGAGACACCAGGGUCUGGAGCGGCCCAACACCUUUUUGUUCAGCUGUGGAAUGCCCCCCUCUGUCUAAGCCUGAUAACGGAAACAAUAGCUGCUCAGGAAAAAAUCAGACAUUCAACACAACCUGUCAAUUUAAAUGUGACCCUGGCUUUUUCGUGAUUGGCUCAUCAGCUGUCACUUGUGGAGACACCGGGUUCUGGAGCGGCCCAAGACCUACUUGUACAAGUUAUAAACAGGCUCUGUUGGCUGUAGCUGGGUGUGGAGCCUUGUCUACCUUCUGCUGCAUCUGCUUUUGUUGCAUAAAACACAGGCAAAGAAAGAAACUUACCCAAGCAGCCUGA